AUGAAGGAUGAAAAUAACGUUAAAUUCACUGCUCAAGAUUUAUAUGACAAGAAAGCAGACAAGAACCAUACACAUACAAGUUUUACAACUUUUACAGCAGAUGAUAUUACACUAAACACAACCUUGCCAAGUAAAGCUCCAACAAUACCACCGGCAACAAGUCUUGUAGAUACUUUGAUAUCUAAUGACAAUAGUAUUAUACAUCUAAGACAGGAACUCAAUGUGCUUAAACAAAUUUUGCCGAAUCUUAUUUACCCGGUUGGCUCUAUUUAUACGUCAAUGAACUCUACCAGACCAGAAACAGUACUUGGUUUUGGAACUUGGACUCAAAUAGUCGACAGGUUUUUGUAUUGUGCAAACUCUUCAAAGGAAACAGGUGGAAGUAAAACGAUUUCAGGUGAAAAUUUACCUGCACACAGUCACUACAUAGAUUUAAGUACAUCUCAAGCAGGUUGGCAUAAGCAUAAUUUUUGGGAUUGGUCAGCAAUGAAAAAAGGUAAAGGAUAUGAUGUUAAAGACGACGUUCAGUUUGCUAUAAAUUGUUUCUGGGGUAACACUCAGGGAGAUGGAAACCAUACACAUCGCGUUUCAGGGUAUACGCAAACAACGGGACAAAGUAAAGACUACAUGCCACCUUACAUGACAGUUUACGCAUGGUAUAGAAAUGCUUAG